CACAAGCACAACACUCCCACACACACAAGUCCGAUCGACGAGAUUCCUUCUUCUAGCUAGUCGAUAGUCGACACACAACCGCAAGCCUCUCGCCAUGGCCAACCCCAACAACGCUUCGUGGUCCAGCGGCCUCUGCGCCUGCACCCACGACGUCCGCAGCUGCUGCCUGACGCUCUUCUGCCCGUGCGUCGUAUUCGGCAGGAUCGCCGAGAUCGUCGACAAGGGAGCCACAUCUUGCUGCAAGAGCGGGACGGCGUACAUGCUGCUGGCGUCGGCGACGGGGCUGGGCGCCUGCCUCUACUCGUGCGGCUACAGGUCCAGGCUGCGGGAGCAGUACGGGCUGGAGGAGAAGCCCUGCGGCGACUGCUGGGUGCACUGGUUCUGCGAGCCCUGCGCCCUCUGCCAGGAGUACCGAGAGCUGCAGAACCGCGGCUUCGACAUGGCCCUCGGUAUAUAUACAUGUUCCGUCCGUGAAAACCUUGAUCAUGGCGUACGUGCACGGCGGCGGCGUGUUGAUCAGCUUUGUUAUGUACGUGCAGGAUGGGAGGGGAACAUGGAGAGGAUGGGCAAGAGCGGUGCAACCGCCGCACCGCGGACGCAACCGGGGAUGACUCGCUAG